AUGGAUUACAUCUAUGCCAGGACCCAAAAACAAAAGUGUGACAUUGUGCUGGAGUGCAUUUCGGAACACCAAGCCAACGGGGGGCGUUAUGUUGGCUGUCACGAAGGGACCUACUACGAAGCCACUGAGAAGAAGAUGUACGCCAAGACCAUCCAAAGGCUCCGUGAACGCAACAAGGAGUUUCAAGAAAAGAUGGAAAAGAUGGUUCCUGAAAAGGAAACGGAGGAUCCUCCAGCCUCUCCCACCAGCACCACCCAAGAUAUCCUCUCCGAAGAGGACGUAAAUGAACUGUGUGGUCUCUUCCCGGUCUCGGAUGCUACUUUGGAGGACCUCUUCCCAUUUCCUGGUUUGCCUCCCCUGUCUUCGGCUGAUGAUGACUUCCUUCAUUUCUUCCAAGACGCUUCUGCUGUGGUAUCAGAUGAUGACGCGUGGACCGAUUCAGAGGUCGCGGUCUGA